AUGAGAUCAGGAGCUUCUAGUGGUACUGGUGGCUUUAACAAGUUGGAUGAUACUUCCUUGCCUAGUGGUUCUAGUGCAUGUGCAACAUCCAAAAGUGAGCAGGAAAAGACCGCUUUUUCCAAGGAUCUGACAGCAGGAUUAACUAAGGAGAGAUUGCUAAUAAAAGGAAGCAAUAAGUUAAGUAAUCACGAGGGCAAUAAUGUCAUAUGUGCUAGUCCAGUUACAAAAGUCAAGGCUUCUUGGGCCCCACGAACAGGCCCUGUGGUGGCAACAAACUCAGCUCCUAAUAUACGUCGUGUACCUGCAACACUUGAGAGCUGGGAACAGCCACCAAGUGCAAACAAAAUUCCUUCAGUUGGUGGGGGCCGUAGGGCUAUCAAUCGCAAGCGUGCAGUGCCCUCUGGAUCUUCCUCUCCACCCAUGGCUCAAUGGGUUGGUCAGAGACCACAGAAAAUUUCUCGCACUAGGAGAGCUAAUCUGGUUUCCUCUGUCUCAAACCAUGAUGAAAUGCAGACAUCAUCUGAAGGUUAUUCCCCAUCCGAUUUUGGUGCUAGAUUAACCUCUAGCGGAACGACUAGUUCUCUUCUUUCCAGGGCUGCAGCUAGUGGUACCCAACUAUUUAAUGAAAAUGCUUCAUCCCCAGCCAGAUUAUCUGAAAGUGAAGAAUCUGGUGCUGGUGAAAACAGACUAAAGGAAAAAGUUAUAAGUAGUGGAGAAGUAGAGGAAAAAGUUGGAAAUGCUAUACAGAAUGUUGGGCCUUCUGCAAUGCUUGCAAAGAAGAGUAAGUUGCUUAUCAAGGAAGAAAUUGGUGAUGGUGUACGUAAACAAGGGAGAAGUGGAAGGGGUUUCUCAUUUUCUAGGGCUAGUAUUUCACCAGUAAAAGAGAAGUUGGAUAGUGCAGCCAUGACAAAGCCACUUCGAAGUACAAGACCUGGUUCUGAUAAGAAUGGAAGUAACUCCGGCCGGUCUUUAAAAAAGCUGUUUGAUCGCAAAGGCUUUUCUCGUCUUGGAAAUGUGCCAAAUAUUGGUACCCCUGAUAUCAAUGGGGAAUCAGAUGAUGAUCAUGAAGAACUCUUAACAGCGGCAAAUUUUGCUUGUAAUGCUAGUUAUCAUGCCUGUUCUAGCCUGUUUUGGAAGAAAAUGGAACGAAUUUUCACUUUUGUUAGCUUAGAGGAUAGAUCCUACUUAACUCAACAACUGAUGUAUGCGGAGGAACUUCAAGAUAGCCAUGACUCUGAUGUUUUGGUUGAUCUUGUGCAUGAAGAAGUUUCUGUAUCUGAUACAGUUUGUGAAAAAAGAUAUAGGCGCUUGCAAAAUCAAAGUGGAUCCAAGGAGUCAGGUAGUAUAUUCGAGUUGGUUGAUCAAUCUCAGGACACCUCUUUAUUUGGAACACUAGACCCAGGAAGAAUAUUCAACAAAGUUACUCCACUGUACCAAAGAAUUCUAUCAGCUCUCAUUGUAGAAGAUGAUAUUGAAGAAUACGAAGAAAUUGAUGCAGGGAGAAAUGUGUUGCUUCAGAAUGCUACUGGCGAUUCACCUCUCAAUGCACACCUACUCAUUGAUACUGAACCUAAAAGGAGGGAUGGGUUAGAAUUUGAAUGUGAGAUGAUGUUUGGCGUUCAAACUCAGGACCAUGGUACUGGAAGCAGAUUAGUUUCUUGCAACGGGAAUAUUACUUUUGGUAGAAGCACCAGUAUCCAAAAUCCCCCAUGUAAUAAUGACCUAUUGGUAGGGGAUAGUGUAUCUAUGCAUUCACAUGUCGAGGUGUUGGCUAAGCUUUCAAGAAAUGAUCUGGAAGGACCACAGAGUAUAGGAAAGAAUGGUUUUGGCUUUUGUUCCGUUGAUUGCCAAUUUGAGAAAAUGUGUCUAGAUGAUAAACUGUUGCUGGAGCUGCAGAGUAUCGGCCUAUAUCCAGAAGCAGUGCCUGACUUAGAUGAUAGAGAGGAUGAAGUGCUCAAUCAAGAAAUUGUGCAGCUGAAGAGGGGACUUUAUGAACAG